AUGGAUGGGGGUGCAGCUGCAGCAGCGGAGGCUGGGAGCGACAGGGAGAGAUGGAAUGUGCGGGCUGCUGUGAGCGACAAUGCUGCAGUGAAUGAAGUGAGCGACAAUGCUGCAGUGAGUGACAAUGCUGCAGUGAGUGACAAUGCUGCAGUGAGCGACAAUGCUGCAGUGAGCGACAAUGCUGCAGUGAGCGACAAUGCUGCAGUGAACGACAAUGCUGCAGUGAAUGCAGUGAGUGACAAUGCUGCAGUGAGUGACAAUGCUGCAGUGAGCGACAAUGCUGCAGUGAGCGACAAUGCUGCAGUGAGCGACAAUGCUGCAGUGAACGACAAUGCUGCAGUGAAUGCAGUGAGUGACAAUGCUGCAGUGAGCGACAAUGCUGCAGUGAGCGACAAUGCUGCAGUGAGCGACAAUGCUGCAGUGAGCGACAAUGCUGCAGUGAACGACAAUGCUGCAGUGAAUGCAGUGAGUGACAAUGCUGCAGUGAGUGACAAUGCUGCAGUGAGCGACAAUGCUGCAGUGAGCGACAAUGCUGCAGUGAGCGACAAUGCUGCAGUGAACGACAAUGCUGCAGUGAAUGCAGUGAGUGACAAUGCUGCAGUGAGCGACAAUGCUGCAGUGAGCGACAAUGCUGCAGUGAGCGACAAUGCUGCAGUGAGCGACAAUGCUGCAGUGAACGACAAUGCUGCAGUGAAGUGA